GGAAAGGGGCAUUCUCCUACCAAAAUUGGGGCGGACGUGUGUAUGGGGGGCUCGGUGGGUGUUGUUUUGUUAUACAAGAUUAGGAAAGAAGCUUUAAAAAAACGAAAAUGGAAUUCGGCAACGAAAAUGAUAGUGGUGCCAUCAAUAGGCCCAGCGAAAGGGGGGAAGCAGGACCAAGUCAAGAGCAGAGGCCCAUGAAGAGAAAACUGUAUAUAGGAUACCUGUCCAAGCAAGUGGUAGGCAGGGGAGCGAGAAAGCGUGUGUGUAGAGGGUCUUCGCCCCUCCGGAAGGGAGAAGGUAUACAUAUCUUAUCCGGAAGUGAGAGCGAGGAAGAAGGGGCGAGUGUGGGAGAAGGGGGCAGAGCAGCAGGUGAAAAGACUCGCGCCUCUGCCGAAGGAAGGGCCAAGAGAUGCGAGCAGCAUGAGCCUUGGCAUGGGGAGAACGAGGGGAGGCAGGACAUUUGCGACGGAUGCGAAGAUGGGGAAGAGAGAAGGAAAAACCCGCGUGAAGAGUGGAGUGGCAACGACAGUUGUGAGGGGAGAUACCCAGACUUUGAGGAAGGAUAUAGGAGGAGGACAAAGAUCCCUUAUAAUCUAGAUCCGAAGAACUUCAUGGGUGAGUUCAGCCCCAUACGGGCGGAAGAGGAUGUGGACGAGGAGGAGGAAGUGCAAGAGGUUAUAGAGAUCAGCAAUGACGAUGAGAAGGAUAAGAUUUCAAGGCCCAGAGAAGAAAGGCGACCCCCGGCGAACCGACCGCGCGGAGGAUCCUUCAGAUGGGAGGAUGAGUUUGGACCGACGCCCAGUCAUUGGUUUGAGCAGUGGCUUAGCGUAAUCAAGCACGAUUGGAUUAUCAAGGUCAGGGAAUUCAUGGAGGCGGGAGUCGCGGUCACGCCCUUGGACUUUUACAAUGAGAAGGAACUGCAAGAAAUUGCGAAGAGGAAGAGAGAAAUCCUGGCCUCCGGCUUGGGAGUUAAAAAGCCAGCAGAAAGACAGGAUGGGCAAGGGACCGAGCGAGAUGAGACACGUGACAGUAAUAAGGAUUACAUGUUAUCAGCAUUGAACAAUAAUUGUGCUUUCCUUUUGCAAAUUUGGGAUGACAAAGCUUGUAGAGUAUGAGUAAGCUUGCUAGGAAUAAGUGAUGAAAGGACUAACUAAGACCAUGCCACGAUGAGUUAGAAAAUAAAAUUUUGAAGCUACUUUCUGAAUGAGCUACCUUCGAAAGAGUAUAUGCAAGACAAUGACACGGGGCAUGGGAUGAUACUGGUUGGGAAGGGUGUACUACGAACUUUGGAUGGGAAAAUGAUUAUGCUUUUGAGAAGAAACCGUGAGUGCAGAUUGACGAGCAAAGCGAGGCAUUGAAUUGGUCGAACACAAGAGAGGUUAGGGAACCUAUUCGUAAAAGGGCAUGAAGAACACCCCUUCCCUAGGAGCCUAAUCCAACUGAGUCAUGAAUGAGUCUGAAAAUAGCCAAGAGCUGAGAGACCAGAAGAAGUGAAAAUAGAGGGGGUGCCCCUGUCUUUUGCUAUGGUUGAACGGUCGGGUGGGCUAGUGCUGGUUGGGGUUGCGAGCCUCAACUCGAGCAGUAGACGCUAAGUCGGAUGUAUGCAUGGAUAGUAAAUUGCAUUGAGAAAG